AUGUGUCUAGGCUUUAAACAUAUUUGGACAGAGAUUACAAAUGUCAGCAAAAAAUGAUCGAUGAGACGACAAAUGCUUGUAUGCUACCUGAUGGUUAUGAUUUUGGUCCUUUCUUUACUCCCACUUGUUAGCGAGCAAAGAAAAUAUUUUCCCUAACGAUGGGAUUAUUUCCCAUAAAUAAAAUUUAUUAUUAUUUUUGCCCGCUAAGCAAGAGAGUUAGUUAUUUGCCUUGUACUGCUAAAUAUGAGCAUUUUAAGAGAGCAGAUUUUGCUUGAGGUAGAAAAGACUUUAAGUGAAGAAGCUUCAGAUAGCAUGAUGGCUAUUAUAAGAGGAGGUGGGGCUUAUUUGUAUUCAACUUUUUCUGAAGUUACAAUUAUGGGUUCUUUUAUAAGGGAAAUGCUUGUUAAUAUGAUUCGAGAUGAAAACAGCUUUUCAUUGGAUUAUUUGGAGUAUCAUACAUAUGAAGAAAUCCCUGAAAGUUCUUUAUAUACAGAAGCUAUAUACGGCGUCAACUCAGUUUCCUUUAAUUUCAGCACUUUUAUGAAUUUUAGCGAUAUUUAUGACAAAGAUCUGCUUAAAAAAGUUUCGCGGUUCGACAAUUUUUGAUGGGUAAUUUAUGACCUAACAAACUCCACAGCUAUAAGAUAUUUAAUUUAUUUUGAGCAAGCUAAUUUUAUAUUAGCUUUUCCUGGCUUGAAAUUCCCAGAUGGCUAUAACCCACAAACAGAAUUAUGAUAUACAACUUUUAUAGAAAAUAAUAAAAGUAGCACAGCUACCAAUGCUUAUGAAGAUAAGCUUGGCAAUGGAAGUUAUGGAAUUUUCCCAUGGAUGACACUAUAUUGGCCUUGAUUUUCCCACUGGGAAAUUUUUUUGGUUUGACUAAACCAUAUGGCACUGGUCGAACCAAAAAAUUUUCCAGUGGGAAAAUCUAGCCAAAACAGCGCCAUCCAUAGGAAAUUGCAAUAUAUUUUUUCGUUAGCUGAGCCUCUUUAUCAUAGUGAUGGAAGCCUGAUAGGCAUUUUUGUUGCUGAUAUAAAUAUACAGUCAAUAAGUCAAGAAAUGUCAAUUCUUAAUUAUAUAGGAUAUGGAGAAAUUGCGUUAGUUUAUCAAAAUGGAGAUAUUUUAAAAGCAAAUGCUCCAGGGUGAUGAAGCAAUGAACAUACGAAUAUGAAUAAUAUUUCUGAUAAUGAGUUUUGGUCUGAUGUUUUGGAUAAUCCAGAGAGUAUUCAUUAUAUGAUAGAUGAUAAUCAAAUACAUAGAGUUGCUACUUAUCCAAUUUCUUCAGAAACGUUAAACGCUACAUCUGAUUGGUAUUAUAUCUUAAUGAUGUUUAUUAAAGAGCAAGAUAUAAUGCAAUAUAAAGAAGAUAGCAAAACAGAAAUAGAAAACACAGGAACCACACUUAUUCUUAUUACUAUUUUUACCUCAGUAGCUAUUAUUAUCAUAAUUGUUGUCCUGAUUUUUUUCUUAUCGCAAUCUAUUAGAAAGCCAUUGCAAGGGAUUAUUGAUUUUACGGACAAAAUCAAUGCUAAUGCUACUGAAAAGGAUUUGGCAACAAUAAAAGAGCUGGAAAAUUUAAAAGAAGGGGAAGAUCAAAUAGCUAAAUUAGUUCAGGCUUAUAAGUCAUUAGCAGGGAGCUUAAUUAAUAGAAAAGAAGAUCAUAUUCCUCAUCCUAUGCAUUCAUCUGAAUAUAAAGAAUUUUAUCCAAAUGAGCUGUAUAGAACCAAUAUUUUAGAUUUGGAAGAUUUAAUUGGAAAACUAAAAGAUCAGUAA